AUGCGGGUGCAGGGGGUCAUCGAACAGGCCUAUGAGGAGCUGGUGGAGCCCACCAAACACGAGGAGGAGGCCGCCCGAGAGGCCGCCAUAGCCGCACAGCCUGCCGUAGUCACAACUGAGGUGGAGGUCGAGGUGGCCGCAUUCGAGUACGAGGCGCUGCCCGUGCUGCUGCCAUCAGCUGAGGGGGAGGGCCAGAGAGAGACGCCGACACAAGAAGAGCAGAUACCCGAGAAGCAGCCGGAGGAGACCGUCUGUACGAGAGUUGGUUCGGCCCCCGCGAAUUAAUUCGUGUGUGGUGUGGUGUGGGGGUAAGGGCAUUGCCUAUGGCAUGUACAGUCUCGCCAGCAUGGUGUGAUGUCAUACGUGUGCCGUCUGUAAGUAAUGCUCAUGCACUCACUCACUCACUGGUCCGUCCAUAAAUACCCAAGUGCAUCUGUCUGUGUGUGAGUGAGCCCAAUUUUAACUUAAUGAAUGCAUGGUGCAUGCACCUGUCUGCCGUACCGUGAUGUGUACCUACGGCCAAGCCGUUGACUGUGUGUGGGUGUGGGUGUGUCUGUCUGUGUGCGGCGCCUUCCGAG